CCCAUUUUGUUAAUUUUAUACCAGAUGUAAUUUUUCCGCGUAGGAUUAAUUUUAUAUAGAAAAAAUCUGUAACUGUUUUAUUGGCAGUCAGUUAGUAGGGCCAAAGUGACUAUAAACCAAGUGGAGACACCGAGUGCAAUGAUGCAUAUCGGACGCCAUUAUGUGUCCGGCGAAUCGCGCGAACGUUGCAGCCUCAGUCUGUUUUAGAGGGAGAGAGUGAGAGUUUAUUUGUUUUGUCCACCAGAAAACAUAUACACAACAAAGUCAGUCUGAUGAUCAGGUUCCGUUAGUGAAUUUGUUUGGGGAUUUGUUACUGUUUUAUAUUUUAUUCGGGUAAGUUUAGCAUUUUUCUUUUGCUAUUUGCCUAGUGGAACAAUACCGGUAUCCCGUGUGAGUUAUGCAACUUUGAAACCCCAUAUCUCACGAACCUUACAUUAUAUUUAGACAAGUUUUAUAUUGUUUGAGAGACAAUCUAUGAGACUAAUUAUAAUUAUGUGAUGAAGGUAAAAUGUCGCGAUCAUCAUACAAAAAUCGGCAAAAUUGAAAAGCGUGAAUUUUUUUUUGAAAAGCUUCUCAAUUGAAUAACAAAACCUCCGAUUUGUUCUUGUAUUUUAACCUAAUAUGAUAUCGACACAUUUGUAGAGGUUGAAGAUAGCUUUUGAAUGGUAUCAUUAGAUUGAAUUGAUCGUGCACCAGUAGAAUUGUAUAAGCUAUUUUAUUCAAUGUUUCUCCAAUUCCGCUGCGCAAACUUGAGUUAAACAGCGUGUCGGCGAUAGAAGUUUCUUUUCAGUUGAUUAUAUUUUAAACGCUGUUCUUCCUUGUGUUCCGACCGGCUAAUUUUUAUCGAUAAUUGCUUUUCUGUUUUGACGCGAAUUUCGCGGGCUUUACUGCACCUGACGUGUCACGCGUGGCUCUUGCAUCUCGACUUUACGCGUCGUAGGACGUUCUUGUUUAAUCUUGUUAUGGUGUCAGUGGUGUGGUUUCGCAUUAUCCGCUUUACUGACUUAGCGUGUGGGUGGCAUUUGGUCUCGUUAGGUAGAACUGUGGUGAGGGUAUCGUAACCGGGGCCCCAUAUGACCAUCGUCGUCAUUUAUUGCUUUAAUUGUUCAUGUAUUUUUAUAUUUCAUUCUGCUUUCAUUUCAUAACUGCUUUCUAAAUUUAGUUGCUAUUAUAUUCUAAUAACGUGAUCGUUCACGUUACCUGUCAGUUUCUUGUCGAUUUAGGCCUUUGGAGCGUUAUCAUAUUCAACCGUUUUACAAUAAACGCGUAUGACAUGGAACAUCUGUGUGCCUAAAUCUGAAAAAGUUGAAUAUGACGCAUUUGUUGAAGAAGUCGCCAAAUACUGGAGAAUCUGAAGCAACAGUGGCUUCAUCGUCGACGAGUAUGGAAGAAAGUAAAUCCGUAACCGAUAAUAUAAUUGAGAGCUUGCCAUCCUUAACCACACUCAGACAAAAGCGUGUCAACAUAGAGACAGAGCUUAAAUCAUUGUUGACCAAUAGUCGGAAUUUGAUAAACGAAAAGGCUCGAAGAUCGCAACUGGCAUGCCCUAAAGCAGAGUUAUAUUUUAAACUGGCCGCUUAUAAUCAAAUUAUAUCGAACAUAUUACCUCAAAUUCGCAAUGCAGAGUCAAAAGCUGCUUUCGAAGAAGGAGUUCGGAGCGUGAUAUCUGAAGUUGAAAGUAUGAUCGAUGAAAUUGAUAGUUACAUCGACCGCAAACCUGAAACAUCGUGCGUGGCACCUGACGAAAAGAACUCUAAUGUUUCAAGCGGAAGUCUGAAAGAUAACAAUCAGCCAGCUCUGGCCCGACAGCCGAAUGGUGAAAUGGGGGCGGCGAUUGACCAACUUCGAGAGUCUAGCUUGGCGGAGAACGUAACCCACGAACCACAAAGACGAGAACACGAUGAUCGUCGAGAGACACCAUCUCUCCCAAAGAGUAGCUUUAUGAACACCAGGUUUAAUGACUCUGACAAACGCGAUGUGUUAGAAUCAACUCGAAGAAAAAUUGCCCGCUGUGAACCGGAGACUUUUACUACGACAGAUACACGUCGUGAAUAUACGAUUUCUUACACUUUUAAGACAUUAUCAAAAUCCUUCACCAGCAAACCAGAUGCCAUUGCCAGACCAGUCGGUAGACUCCUGGAUCGAUAAUCUCCAACCAAAUCAAGCAGGAUCUAGAACGGUAAAUGAUAAAAUUUCUCUAGCUGAGCAAACGUGUUUAUC